GCUGAAUACUGAGUAAAAUUUAUCUAUAAUUGGCCUAAAAUCUUAACACCAUUGUAUAAAUGAACGCUUUUGUUGCAGUUGCGUAAACAACAGUGGAAUAUAUUUAUCAUUUAGACUAUUGAACUGUAACUUUCAGUAACCAGAAAUAUCCGGUAGUUUAUUAUACAAAAGCUUUUCCCAAUGGAGUGGCCUAAGUUUUAUCCAUCUCGCAUACCACUUUUUGCCGCCAUUCACGCUUUCUUUUGGUUGCCAGUAAUGUAUUUUAUCGCGACUUAUUAUGACCAUGUACAACCAGUUGUUCCAUACGUGAGCGCUUUUGGUUUAUAUCCGCCGGAAAAAUAUAUGUUUAUGUAUUCAUCGUUAUUAUUUGGAGCACUAAUUAUCAUAAGUCAAUGGUUUUGGUACUUAAUGAUGAGAAGAAGACUUGCGGAGAGAAAUGCUUGUUCACCGGUUGGCGGACUACUAUGCAUCAUGGUACCAAUAAAUUUGACAAUAUCAGGCAUAUCCAUAAUAGCAUUGUCCCUGAUUGAUGCAAAAACUCACAAUUUUAUACAUUAUUGCUUCUCUCUACUGAAUUUCUAUGGUCACAUCGUUUCGAAUCCAUUGGGUGCUCUGCUUGUUUUAUAUUCUUUCCGUCCACGGAAAUGGUUUUUCUUGGCUAGAUUAAUUGUUUGGAUUCAGAUGAUUCUUGGUGCAUAUUUUUUCAUAUACUACAAUAAGAUUGGUCUGCCAAUUUUGAAAGCGAAAGACUUCUACUAUAUAAAACCACAUGAACCGGGAUAUGAAGAAUUUAAAUGGAGUGCAGUGUGCGAAUGGAUCGUAGUACUGGGAUGCCUAGAAAUCGAACUGAUCACAAGUUUGGAACUACGUCAUUACGAAAAACGGACUGUAGAUAGAAUAAGACGUUCCACAAGAUCACGAAGAUUUUAAUUAACUGCAGACAUUUUUUUCAAUGCACGUGAGGAUAUAGACAUAAUUUAGAAUGAUUUAUGUCCUUUGUUAUGUUCAAGUCCUAUGAUUCUCAAGGAUUUUCUUUUCUUAAAAAUAUGAAUAGAAACAUCAUUAUCAUAAUAAUUUUUUGCACCACUUUCUUUACAUUCACAACUUAUAUAUUAUAUGGAAAGAUAACAGUAAAAAGAAAAUAGAUUCCAGGCUUGCA